AUGGCUCUAUUAGACUUUUGCCGUCUUGACGAAAAAAUUAAUAUAAAACCCGUUGACUCGCUAGCUUCAUUUCAAAAUGAUGUACUAGGAUACAGUGAAAACUUCAGUAAUAAUACACAACUUGCAAUUCCGCCGUUUACAAAUCCAGUGGAAACUCUAGCGCAAUUCAACAGAAAAGAUGAGACCGGACGCGACAUCAAAAUUGAAUUUGAUCACGGUACUACUACUCUAGGAUUCCGCUAUAAAGGUGGAGUACUUUUGGCUGUAGAUUCCCGUGCCACUGGUGGGCAAUUUAUUGGAUCUCAGACCAUGAAAAAGAUUGUGGAAAUUAAUGAUUAUCUCCUUGGUACUCUUGCUGGUGGUGCAGCAGACUGUGUCUAUUGGGAUAGGGUAUUAGCCAAACAGUGCCGUUUGUAUGAGCUCCGCAACCGUGAGCGCAUUUCCGUAGCAGCAGCCAGCAAGCUGAUGGCAAAUAUGGUCUAUAACUACAAGGGAAUGGGUCUAAGCAUGGGCAUGAUGCUUGCUGGUUUUGAUAAGCGUGGUGCACAGUUGUAUUAUGUGGACAGCGAAGGCACUAGGACUCCAGGGAAAGUGUUUUCUGUGGGUUCUGGCUCUGUUUACGCUUUUGGUGUCCUCGACUCCGGCUACAAGUGGGACCUUGAAGACAUAGAGGCUCAGGAGCUUGGUCGCCGAGCGAUCUAUCACGCUACACAUCGCGACGCGUACUCUGGUGGUAUCAUUCGAGUUUACCACAUUAGUGACAAAGGCUGGGUCAAUAUAUCCAAUGAGGAUUGCUCUGACCUACAUUACAAGUACCAAGAGGAAAAGGGGCUCAGGGAUGACCAGUUU